AUGGCAGUUCGGCGGCAGAGCGAUGGCAGCUCGGCGGCAGAGCGAUGGCAGUGCGGCAGGGCGGUGGCGGUGGCAGGGAGGUCUCAGUGCGGUGGCAGUGCGGCGGCAGGUCGAUGGCAGUUCGGCGGCAGAGCGAUGGCAGUGCGGCAGGGCGGUAACGGUGGCAGGGCGGUCUCAGUGCGGUGGCAGUUCGGCAAGGCGGUGGCAGGGCGGUGACAGUGCGGUAACAGUUCGGCGUCAGAGCGAUGACAGUGCGGCAGGGCGGUGGCGGUGGAAGGGCGG